UAUAUAUAUAUAUGUAUUUAAAACAAUAUAUAUAUGCAUAUGUAUAUUGUUUUACAUUUCAUAAAUUUAUUAACAUACUUGAAGCUGUAUAUAAUGUGAUGUUCAUUUGAUUUACAUUAUUGAUUGAAAAAAAGUUUCUAUAUCUUUAAACUAGUAAUGGUAAUGUAGCGAAUCUGUUACACUUUAUAAAAGUAUGUGAUUUUAGUAAAAGAUAGGAACUAUAUCUUUAUCAAUAAAUAAAAAAUAUAAUUAAUAAUGGAUAAUUCACAAUAUUUGAAAUUAUUCAUGAAAAAGAAAAGCAUUACUAGAAGUAAUUGGGGCAGAUAUACUUUAGACAUACAAUUGUGGGAAGAUGAGGAACCACCUAUUGUCAAAAUGAGAUAUAUAAAUGAUGUUUCAUUUGAUAACUUAGAAAAGGAUGGUAUUUUCUCUGAUAGAUUAAUAGGACUUGGAUCUUCAUUCUUAACAAAAUCACCAGAAUCUGGACUUUAUAUUUUAGCAAAAUGCAUUAUGAGAAAGAUGUCACUUACAGAUAUCACUGUUUUGUAUUAUCAUCGUUAUUUACAAUACAUUGACUUGGCAUAUAAUAAUCUUACAAAUUUAAUGCCACUAAGUGGAAUUCCUUACUUAAUAUAUUUAAAUGUAUCGCAUAAUAAACUCAUAGACAUAUUAAAUUUUACACCACCUUGGUAUUUAACUUAUGUAAAUUUAUCUCAUAAUCAAAUAACUGAAAUGUGUGAUCUAAGUAGUUUUUGGAGUAUUGUUAGAUUAGAUUUGUCUUAUAAUGAAAUUGAAGUUAUUUUUGGACUGCACAAUUUAAAAUAUUUACAAUACUUGAAUUUAUCAUAUAAUUCAAUAAAAUAUAUCGAAAAUUUGGAUAAUUUAAACAUUAAAGAAUUAAAUUUAGAAAAAAAUUGUAUAACAUCAUAUAAAUAUAAAAAAUUGGAUAGUGGUAUAAAAAGUUUAACCAAUUUAAGAACUAUUAUAUUAGGAUAUAAUAAAUUAUCUAACUUAAAUUUCUUCAAAGAUGCAUGCAGUUUGCGUUUCGUAGAUUUGAAAUUUAAUAAAAUUGUAGAUCUUUUAGAAAUAUCAAAUUUAAAAGGAUCGAUACAUGAAAUAGACCUUAAAGGUAAUGCAUGUGCAAAAUGGCCCAAUUAUAGAGAUGUAAUUUUAUUUACUAUUCCAAGUGUUAUGUUCAUUGAUGGUGUCGAAGUAUCUAUUACAGAAAAGAUAUCUGCAGCAACUAUAUUUACCCCAUCAUUAAGUUUGAUGACUGCACAUAGUAUCACUAAACUAACUUUAUUAGAGCAUUUGAGUACUCCUACAAUAGAUUCACAUGUAAUUGCUUAUGAUAAAAUUAGACCACCACUAUUAAUAUUGACCGGUCCAUCUGCAGUAAGAAAGAGAAAAUUAGCUUUACAUAUAUCAUGUGCAAUUCCUAAUAAAAUAAAAUACUGUAAAUGGUAUACUACUAAAGAAUCAAAAACUGGUGAAAAUGCAGAUGAGUCAUUUAUUUUUGUAAAACGAGAAGAUUUUAAUGAAAUAGCUUGUUGUGGUAAUUUUUUAGGAAUCCAAGAACUGUUAGGAAAUAGCUAUGGAUUUCAUAUGAAUGAAAUUGCUUCUUUGAUAAUAGAAGAAAAAAUUGGUAUAACUCAAGCAGACUUGCAUACAACUAUGCAAAUGUACAAUCGUUAUUUAAAUGUUAAACCUAUUUUGGUAAUUACAAAUGAUAUUACUCAACACAAACUUCAGAUAGAGAAUAAAUUUAAUAUUUAUACUUGGAUUCGAGAUAGUGUAGUCGAUUUGCUUGCUGUUAAUAUAGGCAAACAUACAUAUGUAAAGAAAGAAUCCAAAAACAGUAUAUUGAACUUUAUUUCAAGUAUUAUAGAGCAGAUAAUGAAUAAUUUAGACUUACCUGGAUAUAGUAUGUUUGUUAGACCUCAAGGUUAUGGAGCAACAACAACCGAUAUAAUAUAUGAAAGUAGAACUACAUUACCAAAACUGAUAAAAAUUCAAGAACCAACUGACAAGUACCAACAAUUGAAUGGCUUAAAGAUCUUAUUAGACGAGGAAUCAAAUGUAAUUGUAAACAAUAUAAAAUCUAAGUAUAAAAAACAAGAAACAAUUAUGUACCAGUACAAAAACAAUGAUAAGAUAGAGUACAAGAUUUUUGUUGAUGAUGAUUCCAAUGAGACUAUUUCUAGUCAAGAAACAUUACUAACUGAACAAUGUGAAGAUAAUGACAGUAAAAAGUCAGAAAAUUUAAAACGUAUAUUUGUUGAACUUGUUUUGCAAACAAGGAAGAUAUAUUUAGAACAUCAUGAAAAAAAUCCUGGUUUUUUUUCUCUUGUGUUAUUAACAGAUGAUUAUAUUGAGGCAUUUAAUGGCUUGAGAAAUUUUAUUCGAAAAACAUGUAUAAAGAAAUUAUUUCAAAAUCUGGAACAAACACCAGAAAUUAAGUAUCUUCUACAAGUGGCUAUUCCUGAUCAUAUUCAACAUAUUAUUGAUAAAAUGAAAAAGUAUGAUACAUGGUUCCUAAUCAAAUGUUGUAUUAAACUUUUACUAGUAUUUUAAAAUAAUUAAGAAACAAAAUUGAUUACAAUUAAUAUUAAUUUUAAAUUAAUUUCUUUAGCUUUCAAAAUUUUUAUUAUUUAUGAUUAAUUUUGCAGAUCUUUAUCUAUUGAUAAUAUAAGACACAAAAGAUAUUAGAAACAGAUAGCACAACAGUAUAAUAAAAAGGACACUAAUAUAUAUUUUACAUGCAAUUAAA